GUAAGGAAGAGAGGGAGGGCUAGCAGCAGCACUGGGCUGAUCUCUCCUGAUGUCAGACCGAGGGAGGAACUUCCUGCUUCCUCUCAAUUUUCAGCCACCCAAAGAGGCUGAUUUUGGGGCCUACGGUGCCCGUUCCGUUGGAUGGUUUGGUGGGUCUCUUUCUGUGUGUGUUGGGGGUGUGUGGCCCCUAUCAGGUUGUCCUAGGCAGGCGAGAGGCCCCCGCACGGCAUCCCUAUGAUCUGCUCGGUGACGUCUGGGGACAGGCUGAGCCUCACAUCAGCCAGGAGGGAUCUGGAGAAGCCCAUUCCGGAGGGAGACGGAGCGCAGGUCCCUGUAACAUUUGAUGACGUUGCAGCUUAUUUUUCGGAGGACGAGUGGAAGGAUUUGGAAGAAUGUCAGAAGGAGCUGUACAAGGAUAUGAUGAAGGAAAAUUAUGAAGCUCUCAUUUCUUUGGAGGAUGGGCCUGGGAAUGAUAAAGAGAAACCUCAGCCAAAGUUUAAUGAAAAGCUGGAAAGUAUAGAAAUUCCAACGUUGCCCAAUUUGGAACAAACAUCACAGGGAACAGACAUGGGAAAUGGGUGCAAGAGCCAGCAAACACAAAGCAGACCAGAAAAAAAUAGGACAGCAAGCACACAGGAUGAUCUUUCUCUUUAUGCAGAAAGUUUAGGCCCAAUAAAUAGCCAUGCUGGCUCAAUGAAGGAUGAAGGUGAGAAGACCUAUCAGUGCUCAGAGUGUGGAAAGACCUUCCGAAAGCGGGACAGCCUGAAACGUCACCAGCAGACUCACACUGGGGAGAGGCCCUAUACAUGCAUAGAGUGUGGUAAGAGCUUUAUACAGAAGCAACACCUGGUAACACACCUCAGGACACAUACUGGGGAGAAGCCUUUUAAAUGUGAGGAAUGCGGGAAGAGCUUAAGUACGAAUGAGCGUCUAAAGAUCCACCAGAGAAUUCACACAGGUGAGAGACCUUACAAGUGUGAAGAUUGCGGAAAAAGCUUUAGAGCACACAGAGUCCUCAAAGUCCACCAACAGACCCACACUGGAGAGAGGAUCCAUAAGUGUGAGGACUGUGGCAAGCGUUUCAGGCACAAGCAAACGCUGUUGGCUCACCAGAGAAGUCACACCGGGGAGACUACCUACAGCUGCAGUGAGUGUGGAGAAAGCUUUCGCACCUUCAAGCACUUGAAGCUACAUCAGAAGCUGCAUCGUGGGGAAAAGCCACAUGAAUGUGAGGACUGUGGGAAAAGGUUUAGAAAACGGGAGCAUUUAAGACGCCACCAGCAGAUCCAUACAGGCGAACGUCCUUUUUCCUGUGAGGAGUGUGGCAAGGGCUUUAUCCAGAAGCAUCACUUGGUAAGGCAUCAAAGAACUCAUACUGGGGAAAGACCCUUCACAGUGGUGAUUUUGGAGGAAUUCCCAUACUCCAACUCCUCUACUGGCACCUGCAGGGGAAGUCCUCAUAUAUGUAGUGAAUGUGGCAAAAGCUUCACAACAUAUGAACAUCUGAAGCGCCACAACAGAAUCCACACAGGGGAGCGGCCCAACAAGUGUGACGACUGUGGGAGGACCUUUAAAUCCCAGAAGCUCCUGAAGGCCCAUAAACAGGCACAAGAUGCAGAGACAGGGCAAUGCAGAGAUGAAGACAGUGAGAAUAGCGAUCGGUUGGCACCCGGGGAAAAGCCAUUUGAGUGUGGGGAAUGUGGGAAGACAUUCCGCUUCCUAAAGCACUUAAAGUUCCACCUUCACACUCAUACAGGUGAGAGGCCCUUCAAAUGUGAUGCUUGCCAGAAAACUUUCAGGAAACGUGACUGUCUAAAGAGGCACCAGCAGAUCCACACAGGGGAGAGGCCCUUCACUUGUGCGGACUGUGGCAAAGGUUUUAUUCAGAAACAGCACUUAGUAAGACACCAGAGAACUCAUACGGGGGAGCGGCCUUACAUCUGCAGUGAAUGUGGAAAGACAUUCAGUACCUGUGAGCACCUAAAAAUUCAUGGUCGAACCCACACAGGAGAGAAACCCUACAAAUGCAAUGACUGUGGUCAGAGCUUCCGCAAGCGGGAGUACCUGAAAUGUCACCAACAGACCCACACAGGGGAGAGGCCCUUCACCUGCUCGGAGUGUGGGAAGAGUUUUAUCCAGAAGCACCAUCUCAUUGCACAUCUACGGACCCACACAGGGGAGCGACCUUAUCAAUGCAAUGAUUGUGGAAAAACGUUCAGACACAAGCAGAAUCUGACAACACAUCAAAAGACUCAUGGAAUAGGCUUGUAAAAGGGUGAAACACUUGACUCGAGUGAGACAUCUUUUAACUCAACCCACAACAAACCAUUUGCCUCCCCUCAAAUUUUAUUUCUCCCUUACCUAAAUUCCUUCACCGGAGUCAUUAUGGAUGUGCAAAUUUAUUCUCUUCUGUUAAGAGGUCAUAUGACCCUUCGACGUGCUCAAAAAGGUAGUGAAUCCACAUCCUAAUCUUUAGAAGAAAACAUUUUUAAAAGGGAAAAAAGAAAAACAUUUCUGAGCAGUGCCAAGCAGAAACACAAACUUCAAACUGUCUUAAUAUAAUUUCAGUGGUAGAAUGGAGCCUGUUUUAUUAUCAUUCUGCCCCAUUACCCUCUCACAUUUCCAGAUAACGAACAAAAGCCCUUGCAGUAAUGGUCGCCCCUUAUCAGUAAACGUUCUACUGCCAGGAAGGUCAGUAACGCCAGGUAGGUCAGUAAUUUGCCAGCUCAUCAGGAAGCAACAGUCAUUACAGAUUAUCUCAGACCUGGGUUUUGGGACUGAUAGAUGCAUCAGUAAACUACGCACGGGAGUGGAUAUUAGUACAUUUGCUUCAGAACAAGCUAUGCACUUAUUAUGAGUAAUUUCUUAAUGUACCAAGGCAUCAAAAGCUGCAAUAUACUAGGCAAUUGUCUAUAAUCCUAACCCCAAGGUAUAAAACACCGGAACCUGUACUUAUAUAUAAUAAAUGAAAAAAUCCUUUUUUUGUACCAUAAA